AUGGCGUCUUGGCUGCAGGUAGUCUCUCCAUUGUUGCUGCUCCUCCUGUCCAACCCUGGGGUCGAUGCUGCGUCUAACCAGCACCUGUGUGGGUCUCACCUGGUUGAAGCCCUCUACCUGGUGUGUGGAGAGAAAGGCUUCUUCUUCAAGCCAAACGGGAGUAAGCGGGACCUGGAGCCUCUUCUGGGAUUCCUCCCUCCAAAAUCAGGUCAAGAGAACAAGGUGGACGAUUUCCCCUACAAAGACAUGGGGGAUAUGAUGGUGAAGAGGGGCAUUGUGGAGCAGUGCUGUCACAAGCCCUGCAGCAUCUUCGACCUACAAAAUUACUCGAGCAACAUCCUGGUGUACAUAAGCAUCUGCUCCCUGCUCGGGGCCUUCACCGUGUCCUCCGUCAAGGGCCUGGGCAUCGCCAUCCGCUCCUUCUUCAGCGACCCCUCUGUGGUGCAGCAGCCCCUUACCUGGAUCCUGCUGGUCUCGCUGGUGGCCUCCAUCAUCACGCAAGUCAACUACCUCAACAAGUCCCUGGACGUCUUCAACACCCUGCUGGUCUACCCCAUCUACUACGUCUUCUUCACCACCGUGGUGCUGGCCACCUCCGUCAUCCUCUUCAAGGAGUGGGGCUCCAUGUCGGGCGUGGACGUGGACGAAGCCUGUAUCUCCACACACCAGGUAGAGGGCUUCAACCAGGUGAGUCCCACAAAGGUGCUGGUUAGACGCAGCAUCAACCCCAGGGUUGGACAGGGCAAGGAGCACCAAGAGAGAGACUACCUGCAGCCAGGAGACCAUGAUAACGGACAGCUGGGGAAGGGGAGAGGGCCGUCCGUCAUCAUGGCACCCUGGCUACAGGUAGUCUCGCUAUUGGUGCUGCUUGUCGUGUCCAACCCCGGGGUUGAUGCCAUGUCUAACCAGCGGCUGUGCGGGCCCCAUCUGGUCGAUGCCCUCUACCUGGUGUGUGGUGAUAGAGGCUUCUUCUUCAAACCAAGCGGGACCAAGCGGGAUGUGGAGCCGCUUUUGGGAUUCCUCCCUCCAAAAUCAGGCCAGGAGAACGAGGCGGACGAUUUCCCCUACAAAGACAUGGGGGAUAUGAUGGUGAAGAGGGGCAUUGUGGAGCAGUGCUGUCACAAGGCCUGCAACGUCUUUGAACUAGAGAAUUACUGCAACUGA